AUGUCGACAUGGGCACAGCAAGAUGAAGAGCGUGUCGCACGGGUCUGCUCGCAGUUAGGGCCACGGAACAGGAUGGAGGGCCCGUCCUCUUCCCUUGUAGGAAAAAGGCCGCGCCUUAACUCUCCUCCCCGACUGGCCGCCACACUGGCCCCUUCUGCACGACUUGUCCAGACAUGUAGCUACUGUAAGAGGGCAGGGCACUCUGAGCCAUAUUGCUUCACGAGGAUGAGGGACUUCGGUUUCACACCGCCGCAGCGCAACUUUAGGCCUCCGCAGCAGACCUUGCAGAUUUCGCCCCUACGGGCAAUGAGGCCUAACCAGUCCACUGCUUCUCUUAUAUCUCAUGCAACUGUCAAGCAUCUGGGGCUACGCCCUAGCCCCUUCGUGGGGGUAAAGAUCAUUGCAGCCGCCGGUACUUUCUCAGAAGCGACGAAGAUAUGCUAUGAUUGCCCCAUCGACUUGGGAUGCAAGUUGACAGUGAUGAAAGCAGAAAUCGGUUGUGAUACAAAGACAGUGAAGAUACAUAAGGACGACUGCACUUCCCUCACAUUUUCGGUCCAGGUCAGCUACGAACGCAGGAUUUUGUGUUAUGCUUCAUUGGAGGACGGAUAUACUGGACCCUCGAUAACGGACACACCCGUGGUCCAAGAUUUUUGGGACGUAUUUAAAAACAUACCUGGACUACCGCCUCGACGUGAGAUAGACUUCACGAUUGAUCUGGUUCCUGGAGCCAAGCCCAUCUCCUUGCCUACUUACCGCAUGCCCCCAUGUGAGAUGGAAGAACUGUGGACUCAAAUCGAUAAUUUGCUAGAGUCAGGCUUCAUCCGGCCCAGCGUGUCGCCAUGGGGAGCUCGGUCCUAUUUGUAA